GUCGGCAGCAUGUUCAUAGCAGAUGCGGAUGAGAAGCUUUCUGUGCAGACAAAUGAGGCGAUUCUGCUGGCUCUCUAUGAGGCCGUGCACCUGAACAGAAACUUCAUCACCGUGUUAGCACAGCUGCCCUUGGAUCCCAACCUGCAGACCAGCAACCUGCUCAUUACCUUCCUAAAAUACGCCUCCAUUGUGAUGCAGGACACUAAAGCUGAGGUUCGAGCUCCGCCCCCCCGAACCGCCCCCCGGCCCCUCCACACGUCUGAACUGCUGUGCUUUGGUCUCUUUCCCAUGAGACACAGGAAAAAAACUGUGGACAAAAAUAUUCCCUCUCGUCCGCUGGUGUGUGCGGUUUUAGAUUUAAUGGUGGAGUUUAUCGUCACUCACAUGAUGAAGGAUUUCCCCAUGGAUUUAUACUUGCGCUGUGUGCAGAUCAUCCACAAACUCCUGUGUUACCAGAAGAAAUGCAGAAUCAGGUUACACUACACAUGGAGAGAGCUCUGGUCAGCUCUCAUCAACCUGCUGAAGUUCCUGCUGUCCAACGAGACCACGCUGCUGGCCAAGCACAACAUCUUUCAUCUGGCCCUGCUGGUCGUGAACCUGUUCAACAUGUUCAUAACCUACGGAGACACGUUCCUGCCCACCUCCAACAGCUACGACGAGCUCUACUAUGAAAUAGUACGAAUGCACCAGGUGUUUGACAACCUCUACUGCAUGGUUUUGAGAGUAUCGACCAACACGGGCCAGUGGAAGGAGGCAGCCAGCAAAGUCACGCACGCACUGGUUAACAUUCGGGCCAUCGUCAACCAUUUUAAUCCUAAAAUUGAGUCGUAUGCUGCUGUGAACCACAUCUCCCAGCUGUCAGAGGAACAGGUUUUGGAGGUGGUACGGUCCAACUACGACACGCUGACCCUCAAACUGCAGGACGGCCUGGACCAGUUUGAGAGCCUGAACGUGAGGAAGAACGUCUCUCUGAACACGCUGAGUCAGGACGUGCUGCUCAAAGAGUUCUCCACCAUCUCCUGA